AGUCAUGAUUGGUUGUGACUCUAUUGUGACUAACGAGUAAUAUGUAGUAUACCUAAUCAUGUGUGUUUUUACCAAUCUUGACAAGUUUUGACUUCAUGAAAUUUUCUUUUCUUUUGAACUUGAAUAUUACGUAGAUUAUGUUGAUUUUUCGUACAUUUAGUAUACUGAUUAAUAGUGACAUAUCUGAUGAAAACUGAAAAAUAAUAUUUUGCUGAAUAAAAAGUGAAAAAGAUAUAAGAGAAAUUAAGAGAAAUUCAUUUUUAUUAUAAAGAAUAUAAUAUAAAUGUUUGUAGUAUAAAAAUUCUUGAUGUACCUAAAGUUAAUCAUAUGAGUUAAAAAAAUUUAUUUAUACAAAUACUGUUAGUAUUUUUCAAAAAAAAGAAACAAAAUGAUAUCAAAAAAGAAUAUUUACAGUCUUUAACAUUAAAUAUUACUUAAAUAAUAUAAUAAACAAGAAAGAUGGAAAAGUUCAAGCAAGCUCAAGUAGAAAAUAAAAUAUCUAUUAAAAGACAUUUGGAAGCAAAUGCUUCUCUUGAUUCCUCUAGUGAAGAUGACGACAAUAUUUGUGAAGAAGAUAUACAAAGAACAUUGGGUGAAGUUAUAUCAGCUUAUGAAGGUGGACAAUUAAAUACAGAAAAGAUUAUAUCGUAUUUAAUUAAUAUUUUUCAAUCUGGUGGUGCUAUCUGUUUAAUAUGUAUUUCAACAGUAAAGAAAGUAGAUCCAAUAUGGAACUGCAAUAAAUGUUAUUCUUUUAUGCAUUUAACAUGCAUCCUACAUUGGAUUCGAGAUACUCUAGCUCAUAAGCAUGAACAAGGAAUUGUACCAACUUGGACUUGUCCAAAAUGUAGGACAGAAUAUGGAGAAGAUCAAAUUCCAAAAGUAUAUAAAUGUUUCUGUAAGAAAGUUGAAAAUCCAUCUUAUCAAACAUGGUUUAUUCCACAUUCUUGUGGAGAAACUUGUGAAAAACCUUUAGAACCUAAAUGUGGGCAUAAAUGUGUAUUGUUAUGUCAUCCUGGACCAUGUCCUCCUUGUGCAAAAACAAUGGUAAUUAAAUGUUAUUGUGGAAAGCAACCUGCUCGUCCAUUGCGUUGUAAUACAAAUGGUUGGAGUUGCAAUAAUAUAUGCAAUAAAAAAUACGAUCAAUGUAAGCAUACUUGUAAGGAAAUUUGUCACACUGGAGAUUGUCCACCAUGUUUAGAAACUUUACUAAUGGAUUGUCGUUGCAAAAGUAGCAAACAAAUCAAAAAGUGCAAUGAAGCUACUUGGAUUUGUGACAAGCCUUGUAAUAAGCUAUUAUCUUGCAAAUUGCAUACCUGUGAAGGUAUUUGUCAUUCUACUAAAGAUUGUGGAGAUUGUCCUAAGAAAUUUAGAACUUGUCCUUGUGGGAAGAAACAGUACACAGUUUCAUGUAAGGAACAGCAAGUAUCAAAAUGUGGAAACACUUGUGGAAAGUUAUUGAAUUGUGGUUUACAUUAUUGCAACAUGACAUGUCAUUUAGAACAAUGUGGCCAAUGCUUGGAAAUGAUCAUAAAAUCAUGUAGGUGUGGGAAUUUUACAAAAGAAAUAGCUUGUGGAAAAGAAUUUCAUUGUAAUAAAAAAUGUACGCAAAUGAGACUUUGUGGAAGACAUUUAUGCAAUAAAAAAUGUUGCGAUUGUUUAAUAAAAAAUACCUCUAAUAUAUGUGAAAAAGUAUGCAACAAUCUUCUUAAUUGUCAGAAGCAUAAAUGUCCAGCAGCCUGUCAUAGUGGACCUUGCUAUCCAUGUGUUCGUACCGAUAUAAUUCAGUGCAGAUGUGGUAGUAAAAAAAUAACAGUACCUUGUGGCACAAAAAAAAAAAUUAAACCACCUCCUUGUAAUAAACCAUGCAAAAUACCUUCUAUUUGUAUCCAUCCUGAGAGAGAGAUUCACAAAUGUCAUCAAGGACCUUGCCCACCAUGUAAGAAAAUAUGUGAUUUAAUUCAUAAAAAAUGUGGGCACAACUGUUUAGCUGUUUGCCAUAGUAAGGUUUGGGUCAAAAUAAACUCAAAUAGUACACAAGGACAACCCAAAGGCCCAUGGGAAAAACAAAAAGAUACAUUGGAAUUAAAAACAUUACCGUGUCCACCUUGCGAAGUUCCUGUUGAAAUAGAAUGUUUAGGUGGACACGAAACACGUAUAUUGCCUUGCUACAUUGCUAAAGCUGAUUCUUGCGGAAGAUCUUGUGGUCAAUUACUACAAUGUACAAAUCACACUUGUGAAUUAAUAUGUCAUACUGUAAAAUCAUCUGAAGGAAUCAUUGGUAAUACACAAUGUAUGCAAUGUGAAAGACCAUGCUCAUUUGCACGGCCUAAUGGAUGUUUUCAUAAAUGUUUAAAAUCUUGUCAUCCCGGAUCAUGUGAUUCAUGCCAACAAUUAGUACGUGUUUCUUGCCAUUGUGGCAUUAGUACUUUAUAUAGACGUUGCAUAGAUCUAACAUCCGCAACAAUAGAGCAACGUGAAGAGUUAUUAAAGUGUGGAAAUCAAUGUCCAAAAAAUUAUCCAUGUGGCCAUCGGUGCAACGAUAUUUGUCAUCCUGGAUCAUGUAAAAAGCAGAAUAUAUGUAACAAGAAAGUAAAACUAUGGUGUAAAUGCAAACGCAUUAGAAAGGAAUAUGUUUGUUCUGUUAUACAAGAAAAGCAAAUCGUAGUUGAAUGUGACAGUGUUUGUCAAUCACUUAUAUAUAAAAAAAAUGAGGCCAACAAAAUUAAAGAAAUACAACGUCAACGUGAAGAAGAAUUACGUAAUCAGGAAGAAAUAGAAAAAUUUCAAAGGAAAUUUAAGCCACGACGAAAAGUAAAAGAUAAAUUAAAAAACAAAUUGUCGAAUUCAAAAGUGGAAAAUAGAAAAAUAUACAAAUACCUUUCGAUAUCGAUUUUUAUAGCUAUCAUAAGUAUUGUAGUGAUUUAUGCAAAUAUAGUUUAUUUUAAUAUAAAAAGCUUUGAUAUUAGUAACAAAGAUUGAAUUUGUUGUGAUGAAUGUAUAAUUUAUCAAUAAUAAAU